AUGCAACCGUCCGAACGCCAGAAGCAAAUCCCCGCCCCCGCCGACGUAAUCGACCUCGACAGCAGCGACAGCGAGGACGGUGGACCCGCGGCGGCGGCUGGCGUUUCGCGUGCCAACAGAACCGGUAACGGCAAACAAUCAAACAAUGCGAAGUCGCUGACCAAGCCGCUUACGGAGACUCAAACGGCAGUCAGAAUCAACAGUGGCGAUGCGUCGUCGGCGAAUUAUCAGCCACUCGAGAAUCGUAGUUUCUGGAGAGCCGGAGCUUACGAGAUUGGCCCCACUCUCUCUACUUUAGAGCAAGGUGAUCUGGAGCAUGCUCGUGUUCAUCCAAGGUUUCUGCAUUCAAAUGCCACCUCCCACAAGUGGGCCUUCGGAGCUAUUGCUGAACUGUUGGACAAUGCAGUGGAUGAGAUUGGCAAUGGGGCAACAUUUGUGAGGGUUGAUAGGGUUUAUAACACAAAGGACAAUUCUCCUGCCUUACUUUUCCAAGAUGAUGGUGGUGGAAUGGAUCCGGAAUCUAUGCGGAAGUGCAUGAGUCUGGGAUACUCCUCAAAGACAUCAAACAAAACCAUUGGACAGUAUGGAAAUGGAUUCAAAACAAGUACCAUGCGACUGGGAGCUGAUGUGAUUGUUUUUAGUCGUGCAUCUCGAUCAGGUCGAGCAACCCAAAGUAUCGGUCUCUUGUCCUAUACAUUUUUGCGGAGAACGAGACAAGAUGAUGUAAUUGUUCCAAUGAUUGAUUUUGAUACCUCUGACAGCUGGGCAGAACCGAUUGUCUUUAGCUCGAAGGAUGAUUGGUCCAGUAACUUGAAAACCAUUAUUCAAUGGUCUCCCUUCGCCUCAAAGGAUGAUCUAAUGCAACAGUUUGAUGAUAUUGGAUCACAUGGGACGAAAAUUAUCGUUUAUAACUUGUGGAUGAAUGACGAAGGCAUUUAUGAAUUGAAUUUCGAUGAUGACGAGGAGGAUAUAAGGCUGAGAGACGAAGCUAAUCAAGGAAAUGCAUCCAAAGCUACCAAGAAAACCCUUGAACUGCAAUCUCAUUUGUCCUACCGCAUGCGGUUCUCAUUGAGGGCAUAUGCGUCAAUAUUGUAUCUCAAAAAGUUUACGAACUUCAAAAUAAUAUUAAGAGGGAAGCCUGUUGAGCAGUUCAGCAUUGCAGAUGACCUGAAACACUCUAAAACAAUCAAAUACAGCCCCCAAGUUGGCCAGGGACUGAAAGAGGUUACUACGGAGACCAUCAUUGGCUUCAUUAAAGAAGCUCCUGCACUUGGAGUUUGCGGAUUCAAUGUUUACCAUAAAAAUCGUCUCAUCAGGCCCUAUUGGAAAGUCACUGCAGAUGGAUCAUCCAAAGGAUAUGGUGUUGUUGGAGUUCUUGAGGCAAAUUUCAUAGAACCAGCACAUGACAAACAGGAUUUUGAGAGAUCAACUAUAUUUAAUAAGCUGGAGUUGAGGUUGAAACAAAUGGUCAUGGAGUACUGGAAAGGUAACUGUCACUUAGUAGGACAUCUGCCUGAGGGUACGAGGAGGAGUGACAUUCCAAAUAAACUGCCUACACAAAUUCAAGCAAACAGAAACAUCUAUGAAAUCAAUUUCAACAACAAAUCAGCAAAUGUUCAGUCAACUUUAAGUCCUGACGCUGCUUCUCAUCCAGAAACAUCUCCAGAUGACAGAUCACUCGAUCAGAUAUGUGAAGAGAACAUCCAGCUGUUUAUGAGGUGCAAUGAGUAUAAGUUGAUGCAAGCUGAAAAGAUUCAGAAGAUUGAGCAACUGGAAAAGGAGCUGGAGGAGACGAAAAACAAGUGUGCUAGGCUUUCUUAUGACCUCGAAUUGCAGAAGAAACAUAGAAUAGUGACCCACAGAUAA